AAAACCAGUUUACCAAUCGUGUUCAGUUGGAAUUUUUCUUGUGCGCGGUAAAAGUGUCGGCUUGUCAGUUAUCGAUGUCUCGUAGCAAGUCCGUAACUAAAAAAAGUUAAAACCGUACUUGGGGCUUCUAUUCGGUUUAUAUUUUUCUUAUUGGAAAUAUUAUUUCGUGGUUAACAGCUGUUUUCAUGUUUACUUUAUAAUCAAAAUAAUAGUGCCAUCAAGAGUUGUAUUGUUGUGAAUAAAAUAGGUGUGCCAGUUUUGAAUUUCAAAUUGUUAGUGAACUGAAGCUUGUGCAUUCACGUGAAAACAAAUUUAACUAUAAAGUUGAUAAAAAGUUACUAAAUGUGAAUUGAUAGUUUAUUAAUUAUUUAUAUUCAAUGAAUAUUGUGAAUGAAGACGCUACAAGACGAGUUUUAUUUAAAACAUGAUUUGGAGCUGUAGAAGAAUCUGGUGGAUAUAUAGAACCUGAUGUUGUUAACCAGAUUGGCUGAGUCAUGCAGCCAUGGCCAGCGGCAAGGCACUUUAUUCAAUUCUCGUAGUGGUCCUCGGCUUCAUCUGCUUUGUGACCGGAGCCAUUGCAGUCGGCCUACCCACGUGGGGCUACUUUCAUAGUUAUGAUUCUGACUUGUCUAUCUCGGUGCAGUUGUAUCAUUUAGAGAACCCGAACUUCGACCAAGGCUACUUCGGACCAUGGCGGGUGUGCAAGAAGCUGCUGUACAACCGGGAGAAAUGCGGCACGGACGUCUCCAAGUUCCGACCGUCAACCGCAGUAUACAUAGCUGGAGUCGUGGGCGCGAUCGGCGUUUCGGUGCUGGGAGUAUUCUGCAUACUCUCGGUGCUGCAGCUCGCUAUGAUCUCGUCCAAGGAGCGCGUGGGCUUCAAGUACACGCAUCUCGUGAUGGCCAAGAUGGCCUUAGCGUUAUUAGCGACGCUACUGAGCAUAGCGGCAGCUGGCUUGUUCGCGGUGCAAGGCGAUGACAGGGGCUUCUAUUUGACUAGAGGGGAGGCCUUCUAUGUCCAGAUCGUCUGCAUUAUAAUAAACUCGGCGCUGUUUAUAAUGUCGCUGUACGACACGUUGUUCUCGCGUCGAGUCGGCGGCGACCCCACCAACCCGCUGGGCGAGCCUGAAGGGACGACCAUAAACAACCCAGGAUUCAAAGAAGGAAGAGGAAUCUCAAUGACGGACGCGUCUGGUAAACCGUACAGCACAAACGGUCACGGCAGCGUCGCGUCCAUGAACACAACCGCGACCACACUCACGGGACUGUCAGACGCGAGCACCAUUACUAGGUCUCCGCUACGGUCCUCCCUGAAGAAGCCCAGGCCACGGGAAGGGGAGCCUGGGGGCAUGGGCAUACAGAACCCAGGGUACUCCGGACACUCCCCAACUCUCAACCGCAACGGCAGCCAGAAGAAGGUUCGCAUACAAACGCACAGUACUGAGGUAUAAGCGCCAUUCGAUCGAUUAUAUUCGAAUCGAUUUUAUGUAAUCGGUAAAAUAAUCGAUAAGUUUAACAAGGAUAUAGGAUAUCAGUGUUGGUGAAACUUUUGUGAAACUAAUGUGGCCUGUGGGUACGAUUUUACUUAGUGAGGAAAAGCAGUGCUAAGCAAUGCUACAAUGGAUAUACAAAUCAACGGCCUUAUUCAUAAACGAAGAAUAAAACAUGUUGCUAUACAGCAUGGAUCAAAUUAGUCCUGCCUUAUUCUUUGUUCAUGUUUAAGAAAGAGAUUGAAUAAAGACAAUUUGUGCGUCGAAAACAUAGAUCUAAAACUUGAUAAUCUGUUUCAUGAGCACUAUUAUGUGCAUUUUGCAUACAUAAAAAGUGCAACAUAUAUGGACUGACUGUAUGACAUUUAUUCCACAAUGUUUUGAAUUGAAAGAGAAUUUUUAUAUGGACCAAUAUUACAUAGUAACAUACUAUGAUAAUAUCUAUAGGUAUGAGUU